AUGAGAAAAUCUCAGAAAAUGCCCUCCUAAUAGUAAAUGAAAAAAAUGUUGAUUCCAACUAUGACAUCAUAAAUUACCUACAGUCCAGAAUUAUCUCCAACAGAUAAGUCGUAAAAGCAGAUGAUAAGGAAGACAUCCAUGAUUGAAUUACAUAGAGUAGAAAUUGAAGAUUUUCAAAUCAGGCCAAAAAGGGUUUUAUAAAUGGCGAAAGACACAAAAUAACAAUUAUUCUCCCAACAAAAUCCUCGAAAAGAAAAAAAAUAAAAACCAAGAGUGGAGACCUCUGAAGGUCAAAAUAGAGGCCUCGAUUUUACAUUUGCCUAGAACUUCUCAAAUAAAUAAAUGAUAAUGAAAGAAUUCUCCUCGAAUAUCCUGACUAAGAAAUUUUUUGUAUGA